AUGUAUUAUCAGAAUGGAGUUCAUACAGAUGUUGAAUCUCCCAUUAGUAUGUCGAGUUACAGUGACUAAUUUUGAUUCUUUUGGCAUUGCAGAUCCAAGAUCGACUCCUAGAAUAUGGACUUGAAAAUAUUGCGGAAGUUCUCGUCGAAGGUCUCUCACGUGUGAAGAGAUGCAGUGACGAGGGACGGGCGCUGAUGUCCUUGGAUCUCCAGGUGAGUAUACGUCCAUUCAAUCGCGAAUUCGGGUUAAGAACCCUUUUCAAUAAAUUCUUUAAAAGGAAAAACCCAAGCAACACUGUCCCCUUUGUGUCAGGUUCUAAUCAACGGUCUGCAACACUUCGCCUCUGCAAAUGUGAGACAGAAGUUUCAGACUGUGGAAACCUUCAUCAAGGUAGUCAGAUCUUCUCUUGUGAUUUUCGCUGUGCUUGCUGGUAGCGCAAACUUGUCUGAUCAUUCUACAUAUUCACAAGAUUGUGCUACUGUUUCUAACGGUCAAAACCCCUGUGAUUAUGUGAACCUACCUUUUCAUUAACCACCCGUUCCUCUCUGUACGCAUGAACAGGCAUACUAUCUUCCAGAAACAGAAUACGUCUACUGGGCGCGUUCUCAUCCCGUGAGCAUCUGAGCCCCUCCUGUGGAGCUUCAUUCCUGCGCCGGUUGAUCUCUACGCUGACUGCUUGUCUUUGUUGUCUGUAGGAAUACAGCAAGAGUCAAAUUGUAGGGCUGGUCAACCUCGUUUCCUCCGCGAAGAACUGGAAAAGGAAGACAAGGUUGGAGGUGUUGGAGAGGAUCGAGUCCGGCACGUAGCAUAUGGCGCGCUGCCCAUUCCAUGAGCGUGUAUAGUCAGUCUUCUCCGGCCUUUUACUGUUCUCUUCCCCCCACCCCCACCACCCCCCCCACAUAAAUAUACCUUCUUGCCCUUUUCUCCCGGCUGUAUAUUUGCCGUACCACUUUUGCACUGUAUUAUUGUUGUAUGUUUCCCUACGCAUAUCCGAGAAUCAUGCAAUUUUUUAAUAAAUAUUUAGCUCGAUAAAUUCUUAGUGUAGGUGUACGUAUAUAUUGCUUGGUCGUCUAGGAACCCAGCGGGGCACGGUGGGGAAUGCCCUUCCGCCGGCGGAGACUCGUCGGCGGCGCGAGCGGCCCCUUACUGCUCGCCGGCUCGCCAGCCUCUGCUUGCUUCACGCCGCUCGGCGCCUCCCGCGUGCCGUACCCUGCCGCGUCUCCCUCGUCGGUGCCCUCUGUACCCCGCGCGAAGCCGGCGUCCACGCCCCUCCUUACGCCCUCCAGCUGCAUUGCAUCGGGCGUCCACAAUCGCACUGGUUUUCUUCUUCGAAGAAGAGAAAAGUUGAGGGAAUGAACGAGAAGUGGGGUAAGUUGGGGGAGUCGGAACCUUGCAGCCGAUGGAGCAGAAGCGGAAGGGGUCGAGGAGGGCGCGGGCGCAGAUCUUGCACGCAUGGGCGGCGGUGGCCUUAGAGCUCGCACCAGAGGUGGACGCCGCCGGGCCCUUGGGCUGCGGCCUCUCGUUGAGGAAGACCACACGAGCGCUGUUGAUGACGUAGGUCUGCACGCCACUGAUGUCCAGCGACUUCUGCACCUCCGAGACCCUCACCACGUCGUGGUAGGAGGACCGUCGUAUCUUUACACCGACGCGCAACGCCCGGCAACGAGAAGAGGAUAA